AUGGAAGCUUCCUCCUCCUGCUUGCCUGUCUUCAACGGGGGCGUCCUUCAGAUCCAGCGGCGGUUCGAGGCGAACCGUCUAGUCCUAUAUGAACCUCUGCAACAGCAGGCAAUGCCAACCAAGCAGCGACACAGACUCGUUGCGUUUUGCCUCGCCUCUUGCUCCCGCAAACUUCAGGUCUAG